CAAAGAUCGCAAAUGGUUGGGAAGGCACAUUGGCCUCGAAGUCCCAAACUAUUAUAUAAUCCUGGUCUUUAUAGUCUCAGGACACCUGCUUAGAUGGCCCUAGGCAAAAAGGAAAAAGUAGAUUUAACUUCAACAUGAGUCAAGCACAGCCACACCCAGACCCGAGUCAAUUGUCAGUAUUUUCUCCGGAGCUAACCCGAGAUGUCCUUUUUCAAACUCUUCAUGCGAUGGAUAUGGAUAUGGAUGUUGUCCUGGGACCGCCUUAUCUUGUUGCUUCUGCAGCUCCUGCUCAAAAGCUCAGCUUUGCCUCCAGUCCGGUAUUCUCACGCUGGGAUAUGUCCAAACGAUAUGAACCCCAAUCUCUGGGUUGACGCACAGAGUACCUGUGGGAGAGAGUGUGACGCCGACCUGGAGUGUGAGACUUUCGAGAAAUGUUGCCCUAAUGUUUGUGGAACACGAAGUUGUGUUGCAGCCCGGUACAUGGAUGUGAGAGGGAAGAAAGGACCUGUCGGGAUGCCCAAAGAAGCCACGUGUGACCGAUUCAUGUGCAUCCAGCAAGGUUCAGAGUGUGAUAUCUGGGAUGGGCAGCCUGUCUGCAAAUGCAAAGACAGGUGCGAAAAGGAGCCAAGUUUUACAUGCGCAUCUGAUGGGCUCACCUACUACAACAAGUGCUACAUGGACGCAGAAGCAUGUACCAAAGGCAUCACCCUCAACGUGGUGACUUGUCGCUAUCAUCUCACCUGGCCGAACACCAGUCCUGUCCCAGCAGAGACUACAGCUCAACCCACAACUGCUUACUUGGAGACUACCAUCACAGACAUCCUCGCACCUGUUUUAGUCAACGACCCAACCCAUCAGUCGGUCUACGUAGGAGAGACGGUAAGCUUUCUUUGUGAUGUCAGUGGUCGACCUAAACCAGAAAUCACUUGGGAGAAGGAGACUGAGAAUAAAGAGAGAGUAAUUAUGAGGCCUAACCAUGUCCAAGGAAAUAUCGUUGUCACCAAUAUCGCCCAGCUGGUAAUCUAUAACACGCAGCUACAAGAUGCAGGGAUUUACACCUGCACAGCCAAAAACCUUGGUGGUGCUUUAAGGGUUGAUUUUCCAUUGUCGGUCCUCCAAGGGGAAGCUACUUCUCCAGAAUCAGUGCAGAAUAAAACUCACUUUCCAACCAACGAGUGCCUGAAGCAACCCGACAGUGAGGACUGCGGAGAAGAGCAAACCAGGUGGUAUUAUGACGCAAAGAAAAACAACUGCUUCACUUUCAUUUAUGGGAACUGUAAUAGCAACCUCAAUCAUUUUGAGACCUACGAGAGUUGUAUGUUGACAUGCAUGAAUGGCCCCAUCAACAUCUGCAAUUUGCCGGCCCUGCAAGGUCACUGCAAAGCCUAUGAGCCCCGGUGGGCAUACAGCAGCUUGACAAAACAAUGCCAGUCUUUUAUUUAUGGAGGUUGCGGAGGCAAUGAGAAUAAUUUUGAAAGCCGAGAGGCCUGCGAAGAAUCGUGUCCUUUCCCUCUGGAUAGGCUCUGUAAAGUUUGCAAGGCUUGCAAACCCCGGCAAAAGCUGGUGACCAGCUUCUGCAAAAGCGAUUUUGUGAUUCUUGGCCGUGUCAUGGAGCUGACAGAGGACCAAGAUUCUGGCCAUGCCCUGGUGAUGGUGGAGGAGAUUCUGAAGGAUGAGAAAAUGGGGCUUCAGUUCUUGGGAAGGGAGCCUUUGGAAAUCACCUUGUUAAACAUGAACUGGAGCUGUCCGUGCCCCAACAUUACGGCAACGGAAGGCCAGCUCAUCAUCAUGGGGGAUGUCUAUAAUGGAAUGGCUGUUUUACAGCCGGAUAGUUUUGUUGGGGCCUCAAGUGUCCGACGCGUUCGAAAACUUCGUGAGGUCAUCCACAAAAAAACCUGUGAGCUAUUAAAAGAGUUCUUAGGACUGCACUAAUGCCCUGACAGUAGCUCACUAGCUUUCCAACAUUUGUGCAUUAUAUAGUUUACCCUGAAAACCCCUUAUGUAACUCUCGUUUGCUAAUAUAUAUUAUGUAUUACAUAUGAAGGAAUGAGUGGCAUGUAGCAGAGAGACAGUUGACUUUUUGACAAGUAUUUUAAAAUAGCAGUAAACAGCAAUUAAUCUUUAGAUUUCAAUUUAUCUAUCGCUCUAGAAAUGCCAUCUGGUGUUUAUCGCUUGCUAACAAUGCAAUUUUCAUCAUAUAAAAAAAUCAGUUCCGCAACAUUUGUCUAGAGCUAAAACAUGCAAAAACUCUUACCCUAAUAGCUCUUGUUUGGAAUUCAGAGAUGUUUGUGAAAAGCAUCUAAAAUGCAUCCCACUCUUCAAUAUAUUGCAAAAGAAAAUGUAAAUUAUUGCCUAUAAUCACGAUAAUUAUAGCCGUUACACCAAUCCAUUGCGGCAUCUUUUCUGAGUGGAAAUGAUUUCGAGGCAGGGACUUCAUCUUUAAUAGACAUUUUUGUAGCAGAUUUUUAUACACCCAUCUAGUCACAUUCCAAAUGAUCUGUUCUAUCAGAUGAUGAACUUGGAAGCAAAACCACACAUUAUGAUCUCAUUGCACUUUCCUACCCAAAUAAAACAUUGUGCACCGCAUUAAGUAUUAAACAUUUUGCGCUGUGCUGAGGAGCAGCAUGGGUUUCUCAGCUCCCCAAACCCCUUCCAACCUUUGCUAAGUUGUGAUUUUUAUUUUCUUGCUACUUUUAGUUAAGAAUUAAGGAAAACUAGGGUGUAAGUCAGUGAUGGGUAACCUUUUUGCCAUCAUGUGCCAAAAGCAGGGAGAGCGCGGAGGGGUCACACGUGCGUAUGCCCACACCCAUAAUUCAAUGCCCCCUGCACCGCGCACCCUCCCCUUCGCCUCCGCACGUGACACCCCCAUGCUCCCCACACUUUUGGUACAUGAUGGCACGGUGGACCUGGUAGGCCCAUUUUUUGCCCUCCCCAGAGGCUUUCUAGGAAUCUGAGGAGGACAAAAACGGCCUUCCCUACCCCCACUAUUCAUGCUUGGCGAUGAAUAGGUGUAGACCAGUCAGAUAUUUCAACCAAAAAAUCAUGCAGUUCAUCUUCAUCUGAUGCUGACCAAUUCUUAGAUCUUCCUUGCCCUUUUCUCCACAAUUUCUGCUAUCAUAACAAGUUCUUUUGUUUCAGCUUCUUUUUUUUUAUUCUUAUCCAUCUUUUUUAGCCAAGCUAUGUUCUUGUGGCAUUUCUCUGGGUUGUCCAUAGCCGUGCCCAAAAUGCCCUUUUUUUUUCUUUGUCAGCUGUUGGCUGGUUCAUUGUACUGUCUCCAGUGAUGGAUUGGUAGAAACAUUUUUAAUUCAACUAAAAUUGAAGAUAGUGUGCAGUUGAACUUCAUAUCUGCUUAUCUUCUUGGCUAUAACUGUUAUUUGCUGCAUUAUUAUUUCCAUUGCUUCUUUAAUCUUUCUUGUUUCUAGGUGAUAUUUCUUGAUCAGGUAUUUUUUUGCCCUUCUUAUUCUUCAGCCUCUUUUCUUUUAUCUCUUCUUGCUUGCUUGCUUCUAAUUUUAGCAUGCUGAUCUUAUUUUCCAGCCUGGUUUUUCAUGUUGGUGGUGCAGCCUUUGUUUUCUUCUUUGUUGAUUUUGCAUCCGAAGAAUUCAGUUAUAACUGCAGCCAUGCUGUACAUUAAUCGGUUUGUUUAUUGCAGUGAGCUGGUGUUUGUAUUUGAUAUUAUGGAAUUGGCGUCUUUUAAUACUUGUGCUUGUUGUUUCUUUGGAACCAGCUUCAACGCAGGCAACCUUAUUCAGUUGUUUUUGUGCUGCUCCAGAUGUUCAGUGGUACUUUAUUUCACUUCAUCUUUUUUAGUUAUAGUGCUUUGUUAUUUCUGAGGAUAAGGCAGAGGAGAGGAUAUCUGGUUUGGGAAUGAAAACAAUUCAAUAGCUAUGCUGGCUUCCUCUACUGCUGAAUGUUGUUGUUUGAUGGUAUUAAAGACAUCACUGGAGGAUGUAAGCUGUUCCAAAUAAAGCUGCCACUUGCAAUUCACUAAUGGUGAUCCCCCCCACCAAAUACCAAUGGUAUUCAAGUGGUUCUCCAGAAGUUUUGGGACUGCACCCAAAGCACCUAUUAUUAUUGUACAAUCUUUGUUUUCUUUUGCCACAGUAAUUCAACUUAUAUUUGCAGGUCUUUGCAUUUUCUGAUUUUCUCCAGUUCUUUCUCUUCUAUUCUGCUGUUUCCAGGUAUCGCAUCAUCCACUAUUAAAAUUUUUUGGUUCUUCUUAUCAAUGUUUAGAUCUGGGAUGUUAUUAAUUAUUCAUUGAAGAGCACUUGAAUGUUGAGUUUUGAAAAAAAUGAUUAAUCUCAUUGUCGGACACAGCAUGUUUAUAGGCAUUUGCAUUUUUUAUUUUCCACAUAAACUCACUGACACAGUAGGGUGGAUGCAGUGCAGGGAGAGAGAGUAGAAAGUCAAUUGCAGCUGUUCUUCUCAUUGGAGACCAGUCAGGGGGAACCUUUUCUUCAUUAGUUGUUUUCAGCAUCACUGGAAUGGCAUGGAUUUUAGUCCCAUUCCCAACGAGUUUCUUUUUCUUGUCUUCAUGUGACAAUUUUGGCAGCCUCAUCCUGCUCUUCUGCAAUUCCAGAAACACCAUCCAGAUGCCCAGUGCAGAAGAUAGUGAAAUGAGGCACCAUGAUUGCAGCUGGAUUUUCCAUACUCAGACCUAAGACUGAUGGUUGCUGUGAAGGUUCCAAAUUGCAUUAGGAUGAUCCUUGCGACUACCAAUAGCCCUUCUCUUUUCUUAUCUUUAUUUCAGGGACACAGAUUCAUUGUUGGAAGCCAAAGGCUGAAAUACACCAGGAAAGCACAUUUUGGAGUGAUGGACAGGACCUUCCCCCAGAUUGGAAUUGCACGUUAGUAAAGCAGAGGCACAGUCCUAAGCAAUUACUCUGAUAUCUC